UAAAAGCACGUCUCGCAACAUUGCACUGCCGGGAUUUCGUUGCCAUGGAAGCGAGGAAACAAAAGUCCGGCGGCGCUUUGACAUAGGACAAUAGCCUCCCGCAUGCUAUUACGGACUCACGAGAACAUCUCAUCUUUAUAUUUCUUUAGCCUUCUUUCAUGGUCGUAAUGGCUAAAGAUGUUGGCGGUUAUUUUUGAGGACAGCGGUCAUUUGAAGUGGACGUGUGAAUUCAUAGUGCAGGUUGUGAGGCUCUUCGUCAUUCCCAGUCAUCUGUGUUCAACGCAACCAUGACUGGCAGGGAGGUGGACAACCGGCUCCAGGUGCUGCAGAUCUACCGCUUGUUGCAGUACAUCCAUGAAAACGAUGAGGCGCAGAUUGAGGAGAUGGUCCACCUCGGGGUGGCAAAUCUCAUUAAUCUCACAGAGCCGCAGAAUGGAACGGGCGCACUUCACAUGGCAGUUGCAGCCAACAAUCAGGACCUGACCAGGUUUCUUCUGUCCUUGAGAGCGCACCCUGACAUCCAGAAUAAGAGGGGCCACACGCCGGUCAUGUUAGCAACUGAACUGGGUAAUGACGGCAUUGUGAAAAUGUUGGCAGACCACGACGCUGAUAUGAGCAUCCAAGACAAUGAGGGCAAAGGGGUUCUGUUCUACUGCAUCUACCCGACAAAGCGCCACACACGUUGCCUGCAGGCGGUGCUCGAGUACCAGGCAGACGUGAACAACGUGUCAUCGCAGGGGACUCACGUCUUCCAAUUGAUGUGUCAGCAUGCCAAAGACUGCGCUCCCAUGUGUCACAUGAUGCUGGCUAAAGGGGCCGACCCAAAUGCAACAGAUGAGAAAACUGGUGUGACAGCGUUGAUGGAGGCUGCCAAGGCUGGAUCCCUGGAGCUUGUCCGAGACAUCUUAAAAAGAGGGGGAAACCCCAAUGCCCUGGACCAGAAACGCAUGUCAGCUGUGCACUACGCUGCCAUGGGGGGCUUCUUUGAGGUGAUUGUGUUGCUGUCUGCAUUCUCAGCAGACAUGAGUGUGAUUAAUGUGGACGAGUGCACGGCCCUCCACUUUGCCGCGACGACAGGCGACAUCAACUGCUGCAAGUUCCUGGCUCAGAGAGGUUGCAAUGCCAAAGUGAAGAACUGUGAAGGUUUCCUACCGCGUCAGAUUGCCAAAGAUGCUGGUCACAAAGCGGCUGUCAAGGAGCUGAGGAAAGCAGAGCAACAGAGGGGCAAAGAGAACACCGAUGAGAGUGUCUUGACAGACGUGUGGGCUCUGACCCUCCACGACUGGUCUAACGAAUACGAGCGCGAUCUGCUGCAAGCCUUUGAUCGCGAAAAGGUUCCCUCUGAAAAAUUUGCCUCCGUUUUAACAACAUUAGGUGCUCCGGUCACCCAAGAGCAGCUCGAGUUAGUCAUCUCGUUCCAUGUGAUUGGAAGAGACCCUACUAUAAACGUUAAUGACUUCAUCAAAGGUGCCAGCUACAUCAAGAAACCAUACCUUCUCCUCUCCUAUAUCCCCAAGAAGAAAAAAGGUGGGAAGGGAGGGAAGGGGAAGAAGAAACCCAAAUUUGUCCUCCCUAUGCCUAUUUGUACCCUCCCACCGGAGUUCAAGCCCAGACGAGAGGAUGGAGGCCCACCGGAAUACAUGAUGGAGACAAUAAAUACCGCAGACACCCGGCGACUGGACCAAGAUCUUCCACCAGAACAUCCUGUAGUUGAUGACACUGCAUGGUACACAGAGAAACCAGACAAGAUCUACCUCAAUAUAAACUACCUUGUGAAGAAUGGCGAUCUUGAGGCUCUGGGACUGGCUUUUAGUCAAAGGAUUCCUGUGGAUGUUCAAGAUCCGUUUUACAAGACCCCGCUGAUGGUGGCCUGCGCCAUCGGAAACUACGAGGUGACUAAAUACCUCCUCGACAAGAGUGCAGCAGUGGAUAUCUGUGACCAGUUCUGCUGGACGCCGCUUCACCAUGCUGCACAAGCUGGCAAAGUGGAAAUACUGGAACUUCUGCUGGAGGCUGGAGCCAACAUAGAUGCUCAGACCAUCACGGGGACCACACCCCUCAUGGUGGCCAUCCAGAGCACUCACAUCUCCUGUGUUGAGUUCUUCUUUACAGCCGGUGCCAAUGUCUUAAUGGAGAACAAGAAAGAACAAAACUGCCUUGACGUAGCCACUGCAUUUGGCGACGGUGCGAUAUAUCAGUUGGUCAAAGACAAGUUCGAAUCCAUGCCUAAACCAAAAAACAAAGGGAAGGGUAAAUGAAAGGGAUAACUCUACAUCUGCCACUCUUGGAACUUCUUCACCCUAAAUGUGUUUCCCUUUCUCAUCUCUUUCUUUGUCUUGGUCCACUGCCAGCUGUGUGUGAUGCCAUACAUACAUUUACCUUCAGAGACUUUGUCCUUAAUUCAAAUAAACACACAUUUUUACAACCUAUCGUCUCACCCAUCCUCUCAGCCAAUGGGACUAGGUUAACUGCAAUUAAUCCUCUAAUUAGAGGCAAAGUGGAGGAUCAUGUUACAACAAGUUACACUCCAAUGUACAUUUCAU